AUGGCUCAAUUAGUAGACAGUCACUGCCACUUUACAACCGUUAAACAGCAUAGAAGAGAAGUAAAUAAUGUUAAAUCGGAUGUGAUUAGGCGAUGCAUAAUGUCGUGUAAUAUUUACGACUGGUCAGCGGUUAGGGGGGAAGGAGACAUUAUUGCAUUUGGCGUUCAUCCUUGGUACUCACAUUUAUUCUAUAUAGGCUUGGAGAAACAUAGCAAGGAUGAGCACUAUCGAAAAGUACUUAAGUACAGCAAGGAUAGCGAUGAGGUAAAGGAACUUAUUAAGGCAUUGCCGGAUCCAAUCAGCCUUGAAGAGCAUAUCCAGGGUGCAAAGUCUGACAAAUUUGACCAGGUGAAAUGUAUAGGUGAGAUUGGUAUCGAUAGGUUAUUCCGUCUUCCUGAAGACGGCUUCUUUAACGACUUGGGCGACGCGACUGCAAGACCCCGAUUGACUAGAGUUACUGUAAAAGUAGAACACCAGGUUGCUGUAUUCCGUCGCAUGUGCCAGUUGGCUGUGGAAACUGGUUUGGCUGUUUCUAUACACGCGGUUAAGUGCCAAGAACUGCUGUUCAAUGUCUGUAGAGACGAGUUGGGGCCUUAUUCUUCUGUCACAAUAUGUUUACAUUCUUAUAUGGGAAGUGUAGAGUUUGUGCGUAAUUUCUGGCUACGAAAUUUCCCAUAUAGCAGGCUAUUUCUAAGUAUAUCAUUUGCUAUUAAUCUCCAAAACAAAUCUUCAGCGUUGGAACUUAUCAAAUCCGUGCCAUUGCAGUGUCUAUUAAGCGAAACAGACCUUACAAUUGAUACUGUACCGAUUGAGAUACAAAUAGUGCAUCUAGAAAAGGUGCUUGGUAUUAUUCAAGAGGCACAUAGUCUAAAAUCGCUUCAAGAUGCCAAGUGUUUAGUAUAUAACAAUUUCUGUAGACUUUUUCAUUUCUGA